GGAUGUUUUCACAUGUUUCUAUGCAGCACAUGUGCAACAGAAUAGCCACUUCCUCUGUCCAUACACAGCUCAGGCAUUGCUCAUUUCUGGAUUACCCUGACUACAGGCUGGAGGCAGAGGCAUGGCUGCUGGAUUCAAAACAGUGGAACCCUUGGAAUAUUACAGAAAAUUUCUGAAGGAGAACUGCCGCCCAGAUGGCAGAGAACUAAGUCAAUUUAGGACGACAACAAUAAAUGUUGGUUCGAUCACCACAGCAGAUGGCUCUGCUUUAGUGAAGCUUGGGAACUGCACUGUAAUAUGUGGCAUAAAAGCGGAAUUUGCAAACCCCCUUGCAGAUGCUCCAGAUAAGGGCUAUAUAGUUCCCAAUGUAGACCUCACACCCUUGUGUUCUUCACGUUUCCGCCCUGGUCCCCCAGGAGAUGAAGCCCAAAUGGCUAGUCAGUUCGUUGCAGAUGUUAUUGACAAUUCACAGAUGAUCCUAAAAGAAGACUUAUGCAUUACUAGUGGCAAGCUGGUAUGGGUUCUCUACUGUGACCUCAUAUGUCUAGAUUAUGACGGCAAUCUUCUCGACGCUUGUGUCUGUGCAUUGGUUGCAGCUUUAAAAAAUGUGCGACUGGCAUCUGUUAAAAUAAACGAAGAUACUGGUUUAGCAGAAGUUGAUUUUGAAACAACUAACCCUUUGAAAAUCCUGAAACAUCCUAUUUCUACAUCAUUUGCUGUUUUUGAUGGCACAUUCCUUCUUGUGGAUCCCACAGGAGAGGAGGAGGGCUUAGCCACUGGGCUGAUGACCAUUGUAACUGAUGAAGACGAACGAAUAUGUUCUAUUCGUAAACCAGGUGGAAGUGCCCUGUCCCCAGAGAAACUCCAAGAGUGCAUUAGUCGAGCAGUCACACGACACAAAGAAGUUCAAAAUUUGCUGAAUGAGGUUUUGGAGAGUGUAAAAUCAGAAAAGUCGUUUUAAAAUGAACAUGUAAAAAUUUGUAUUUGUUACUAUGGCUGCACAUUUUUGUACUAAAUAAAAUAAAAAAACAAAACAUACAAUUAUUGAAUUUCAG